UACCAGGGCUACAGAGAAGGCGAGGCUCCGCCAGGGGCAGGCGAAGCACAGAUCUGGAAAGCUGAUUGGCUGUGACAGCUGCCUGUUAGCGCGAGGCAGGUUACACAGCCUCUUUCUCGAUCUGCGGCCGGCCAGGGCUUGAGGGCCGCCCUCCUCCGUGCUGUUCUACGAGGUGUGCACGCGUUCUUGGCUUCCCCUGUAGCGGAGGGCCGCGUCGGGGCCGCGUCCAGGAGACAGAGUCCCGAACGUCCGCGCGUUCCGAAGCCACGGUCUCGAGCUGAGGCCAGCCGCGGGCUCACUGCGGUGAGGAGAGCCGAAGGGUCUGCCGGCCGCCAGAGGGGGCUGAAGGGCCUGUGGAAGCCCGCGCACGCGGUCUGUGUCAGAGGCCUGCGAAUCAGGACUGGGUACUCCUGGUGAGCGGGCCUCGUGCCCUAGAUGCAUCUUGGGCGCAGACCCACAAGACCCCCUCUCCCUCACAUGCAGGGCCUCGGGAGGGCUUUUGGAUCUCUCGGAGCUUGAAGGCCUGGAUUUUGUCCCAGCUUCCCUUCUUGCAAGAGUUCAUUUGUCAGUAGCUUGAAACUCUCAACAGCCAUGUCAUAUCAAACCUACACAACUGCUGGCAGCUAGAGUCCUAGUCAGGAGGGUUUCAAGAGAGGCCUGUUUGAAGCCAACUGGAAGGGAAACAUGGAUGGCCAGUUUUCGAAGACUCGUCCCAUGCAUUCCCAAGGUCAUGUGUUGUUGACUAUUAAACAGAAGAGACAAUCAUUGUGAUUUUUAAUUACAAAAUAAAUGCUGUUUUAGCUUUCUUUAGGGACUCUGUGACUUGCUGUCCAUAAUGAAAAACAGGAACCCAGAUGAUAUGGUAACUGACACGUUUCCCAAGCUCAAGAGCUCCAAAGAAUGGUUGGAACCACAGUCGCUUUCUUUUAUGGAGGCUUUAGCUAAAGAAGAUACUGAUGCAGCUGUACAAUCAAUUUUAUAUAGAGAAAAUUACAUAAUGAAGGAGCUAGAUAAGUAUUUACAUCAUUAUGACUUCUUAAACACAAGAAGAAAAGAGAUGUUGUAUAAAAAAUGGGUUGAACGUGUGGCAGAUCCUCUCCAGAAGAAAAUUAUAGAAAAAGUUGGUUCACAUAAGAACAUUAAAAAGAGGAGACGUCAAGAAUUGGACAAUUUUUUGAAACAUUCAAAUAAGAAGGGAAAUACAUUUAUAGAGCAUUAUGAUCCAAAAGAAUAUGACCCUUUUUAUAUGAGCAAAGAGGACCCCAAUUAUCUGAAGGUUGUCUUGCCACCAUUUCGUGACCCUUUGAAAAAAGCCCAGUGUGACAAGGAUGACGAAAAGAGAACCCUUCUGCAGUGUGAGACUGGCAAAAUCUAUACAAUGAAAGAAUUUAAAGAGAUCGAGAAGGCCCAGUUGCAUUCCAGAUUCCCAAGUAUUUGUAAUUCAAGGCAAAGUAUGACUCCAAACAAAUGGCUUAAAGUGCCCAUGAGUUAUAUAGAGAGUGAAUUUUGUAAAAGGAGCAGGUUCAAAGUGAAGAUGAAUUUUAAUGCUAGUAGUUUUGAUUUGAGGCCAUUGAAAAGGGUGCCUAAUUUUCUGGAAUACCGGGAGGAAGAAAUGAUGAUCAUUUACAAAAACAAUGGACUCUCCUCUCUGGUCAAUAACGCUCCAUGUCUCCAGGAGAGAAAGAACCCAACUUCCAAAGGGGUCCACUCUGGAGGUCACGAUUCUGUAAACCUAUGCCAGGAGGUAGAAAGGGAUGAGAGCUAACCAGGAUGCGGUGAGAGCUGGGACAGUCGGUCCUGUUUGUGAGUCACAGACAUCCAAGCUAUGCUGCUGGAUACGGCAACCUUUUUAGAAGAAAGGAGGCAAUGGAUCACCCUCCAGUGGGUGCUAGAGUAGACGACACUAAGUCAGGUGUCCUUACUCAGUGGCAGCUUGGUAGAGCCAUAGCGGACAUGCCCAGUGCUGGAGGUCCAAGGCUCCUUGAAUUUCCUUGGCUCCUGAUUUGACACCCGAUCUUUAGGUUAACUCUAGCGCCUCUCCCAUUUACCUACAGUCAAGCCAGGCCCC